AUGACCCAGCUUCAACCUGUCUCGCGCCAAAUCGGUAUCUUCAACAACUUUAUAGCAUCGAAAUCCGAGACACUUGUUCUUCGGGACACCUUCCUGUCUCUAUCGGGGGAUAGCUUCGAUAUUAAACUGGCCAAUGGUCAGCCACUCUUUCUUGUCCAGGGCCAGCAUUUGGCUACCCCGGGCCGCAAAUCCGUCCUCGACACAAGCGGCAACCAUAUAUUCGAUGUUGUAAAGGAGAAGCUGCACAUGCACGACACCUAUGUCAUCCAAGGACCGCAAGGGAAUAAUCUUUUUAGUAUCAGAAAUUCUUUAUUAAAGUUCAUGGGUAGUAAAGCCACUGCAGAGUUUCAGUCCUACUUAGGUCAAACUGAAAAGUUGACAAUACGAGGCCGGCUAAGAGCGGCGAAGUUCCAGGCAAGCAGCCUUGCGCACUGCGCGUCGCGCCUGGGGUCGACGUAG